GACUGUCUCUGUCUGUCUGCCAGGGUCUUCAGCUGCCCCAGACAGGCGGUGUGUGGUCUUGGGAUCCUCCUGGUGACCUUUCCAGCCUAGGUCCCCUCAGCCACUCUACCCCAAGAUGGGUCGUGGGGCAGGGCGUGAGUACUCUCCUGCCGCCACCACUGCGGAGAAUGGGGGCGGCAAGAAGAAACAGAAAGAGAAGGAGCUCGAUGAGCUGAAGAAGGAGGUUGCCAUGGAUGACCACAAGCUGUCCUUGGAUGAGCUGGGCCGAAAAUACCAAGUGGAUCUGUCUAAGGGCCUCACCAACCAGCGAGCUCAGGACAUUCUGGCUAGAGACGGACCCAACGCCCUCACUCCACCCCCCACAACUCCUGAAUGGGUCAAGUUCUGUCGUCAGCUUUUUGGGGGCUUCUCCAUCCUGCUGUGGAUUGGGGCACUCCUCUGCUUCCUAGCCUAUGGUAUCCUGGCUGCCAUGGAGGACGAACCAUCCAACGAUAAUUUAUAUCUAGGUAUCGUGCUAGCAGCUGUAGUUAUCGUCACUGGCUGCUUCUCCUACUACCAGGAAGCCAAGAGCUCCAAGAUCAUGGACUCCUUCAAGAACAUGGUGCCUCAGCAAGCUCUGGUCAUCCGAGAAGGAGAGAAGAUGCAGAUCAAUGCAGAGGAGGUGGUGGUGGGAGACCUGGUGGAAGUGAAGGGUGGAGACCGUGUCCCUGCUGACCUCCGGAUCAUCUCUUCCCACGGUUGCAAGGUGGAUAACUCAUCCCUAACAGGGGAGUCGGAGCCCCAGACCCGUUCCCCUGAGUUCACCCACGAGAACCCCUUGGAGACGCGCAAUAUCUGCUUCUUCUCUACCAACUGCGUGGAAGGCACUGCCAGGGGCAUUGUGAUUGCCACAGGUGACCGGACAGUGAUGGGCCGCAUAGCCACUCUUGCCUCUGGCCUAGAGGUGGGACAGACACCCAUAGCCAUGGAGAUUGAGCAUUUCAUCCAGCUGAUCACAGGGGUGGCUGUGUUCCUGGGUGUCUCCUUCUUCGUUCUGUCCCUCAUCCUGGGCUACAGCUGGCUAGAGGCAGUCAUCUUCCUCAUCGGCAUCAUCGUAGCCAACGUGCCCGAAGGGCUUUUGGCCACCGUGACUGUGUGCCUGACGCUGACAGCCAAGCGCAUGGCUCGCAAGAACUGCCUGGUGAAGAACCUGGAGGCCGUGGAGACGCUGGGCUCCACAUCCACCAUCUGCUCGGACAAGACGGGCACCCUCACCCAGAACCGCAUGACAGUUGCUCACAUGUGGUUUGACAACCAGAUCCAUGAGGCUGAUACCACAGAAGACCAGUCUGGGGCCACUUUUGACAAACGGUCCCCCACGUGGACAGCCCUGUCUCGGAUUGCUGGUCUCUGCAAUCGUGCUGUCUUCAAGGCCGGACAGGAGAAUAUCUCUGUAUCUAAGCGGGACACGGCUGGAGACGCCUCUGAGUCAGCUCUGCUCAAGUGCAUUGAGCUGUCCUGUGGCUCAGUGAGGAAGAUGAGGGACAGGAAUCCUAAGGUGGCAGAAAUCCCCUUCAACUCCACCAACAAAUAUCAGCUCUCCAUCCACGAGAGGGAAGACAGCCCCCAGAGCCAUGUGCUGGUGAUGAAAGGCGCCCCAGAGCGCAUCCUGGACCGAUGCUCCACCAUCCUGGUACAGGGCAAGGAGAUCCCUCUUGACAAGGAGAUGCAAGAUGCCUUUCAAAACGCCUACAUGGAGCUGGGAGGACUCGGGGAACGAGUGCUGGGCUUUUGUCAGCUGAACCUGCCUUCUGGAAAGUUUCCUCGGGGCUUCAAAUUUGACACGGAUGAGCUGAACUUUCCCACAGAGAAGCUCUGUUUUGUGGGGCUCAUGUCCAUGAUUGAUCCCCCCAGAGCAGCUGUGCCGGAUGCCGUGGGCAAGUGCCGAAGCGCGGGCAUCAAGGUGAUCAUGGUGACCGGGGAUCACCCCAUCACAGCUAAGGCCAUUGCCAAAGGUGUGGGCAUUAUAUCAGAGGGUAACGAGACUGUGGAGGACAUUGCAGCCAGGCUCAACAUUCCUGUGAGUCAAGUCAAUCCCAGAGAAGCCAAGGCGUGUGUAGUGCACGGUUCAGACUUGAAGGACAUGACGUCAGAGCAGCUGGAUGAGAUCCUCAGGGACCACACAGAGAUUGUCUUUGCCCGGACCUCUCCUCAACAGAAGCUCAUCAUUGUGGAGGGGUGUCAGAGGCAGGGAGCCAUUGUGGCAGUGACUGGUGACGGGGUGAAUGACUCCCCCGCGCUGAAGAAGGCUGACAUCGGCAUUGCCAUGGGCAUCUCCGGCUCCGAUGUCUCUAAGCAGGCGGCUGACAUGAUCCUUCUCGACGACAACUUUGCCUCCAUUGUGACAGGCGUGGAGGAGGGCCGCCUGAUCUUUGACAACUUGAAGAAGUCCAUCGCGUACACCCUAACCAGCAACAUCCCUGAGAUCACUCCCUUCUUGCUGUUCAUCAUUGCCAACAUCCCCCUUCCGCUGGGCACUGUGACCAUCCUCUGCAUCGACCUGGGCACAGAUAUGGUUCCUGCAAUCUCAUUAGCAUAUGAAGCAGCUGAGAGUGACAUCAUGAAGAGGCAACCACGAAACUCCCAGACAGACAAGCUGGUGAACGAGAGGCUCAUCAGCAUGGCUUACGGACAGAUUGGCAUGAUCCAGGCCCUGGGCGGCUUCUUCACCUACUUUGUGAUACUGGCAGAGAACGGGUUUCUACCGUCGCGGCUGCUAGGGAUCCGCCUGGACUGGGAUGAUAGGACUACCAAUGACCUGGAGGACAGCUAUGGACAAGAGUGGACCUACGAGCAGCGGAAGGUGGUGGAGUUCACAUGCCACACGGCCUUCUUCGCCAGCAUCGUGGUUGUGCAGUGGGCUGACCUUAUCAUCUGCAAGACCCGUCGCAACUCAGUGUUCCAGCAGGGCAUGAAGAACAAGAUCCUGAUUUUUGGGCUGCUAGAAGAGACGGCUUUGGCUGCCUUUCUGUCUUACUGCCCGGGCAUGGGGGUCGCCCUCCGGAUGUACCCACUCAAGGUCACGUGGUGGUUCUGUGCCUUUCCCUACAGUCUCCUCAUCUUCAUCUAUGAUGAAGUACGGAAGCUCAUCCUACGGCGCUAUCCCGGGGGCUGGGUGGAGAAGGAGACCUACUACUGAGCUCAGCGGCCAAGGAAGAACGAGGGGGGGGGAGGUGGGGUGCUCCGGAGGGGUUGCUGGGGGUUGUGACGAAGGGAGGGGUUGGGGAGUCAGAAGGAGGCACCUGAGGGAACUAAGAUGGCAGCCUUGGGUAAAUAAACUUGAGGAGACUGAUCCAGCUUCUCCAUAG